UUUUUUCUCGGGAGUGUGACUUCGCAAUUGAAGAGAAAGCCUUUGACUGCAGUUGGGAAGGUUUUUUCAGAAAACAGUGCCACUGUGACAUGAUGGCUGCAGCGGUAAAGGAUUCAUUUACAAGAAAUGUCACUUUACUGACGUUUGACGAUUGUGGCAGGAGAAAUGAAAACGUAUAUAUACCCCGUAAUUUGGAAAAAAUAAGACGCUCAGGACAGUACAAACCCAAUGUCCAGUUUCUUGCUACCGAGUCAGAGGUCGAUGUGAAAGAAACACUCAAGGAUGCGUUUCCAGCCUUUGACUUAAAUGUGGGGUUUUCAUGUGCAAAAAUCACUACUAAAAGCAGCACCUUUGAUUUUUGUGGUGAACAUUGUAUCUGGAAUGGACGGAAAAUCAGAAAGGAGAUAAGAGGCAACUCUGUUCUCUACAUUAUUCUGAAUAGACCUCCAAAUGCUAUACCCAACUUGAACCAAUCUUUGUUGAGUGAUUCAAGUGCAUCAGUUAUGGUUCAGAAUAGCAUGCAACCCCCAAAUGCAGCAGACGGAAAUCCAGACUUUGACACAUUGAUGGAUCUAUGGGAUGAAGAAAUGCUGAAUUCUUUUGACAAUGACGAGGAAGGGACUUCAGAUAUCAGCAAUAUUCAACCCCCUAAUCAAGGAAUCUCGUCGUUGAAUUCUUUUGAGAUGUUUGACUGCCCUGCCGGUAAUGACGGUUCAACCAGCGGUGUAUGUGAUCACAACUCGUCCUCAGAUGAUCUGUCAACACAUGAAGAUGAGCACUUUAACUUCACUGUCGAGCCGAAUAAGGUUCCCCUGGAGGGUGCAGGUUAUUGUCGCUUUGAAUCUGAUCGAAAGUUGCCAGGGAAGGUGCUGUCCGGAUUUGCAAGCUUCGAGAAUCUGGGAGCAGUUGAAGUGGAUAGGUUUAGGGAUAAAUUCCUUAUUGGAAUGGAGAUUCCACCUGCCCAACAGCCAGGCUGGGUCAAGAUUUAUUUAAAGAAAGCUGAUGAUAAAGCGUUGGGCGAAACAUAUAUUAAAUAUUAUGAUAAAGAACUCGAGGCUAUCGAGGUGGUGGUUCAAAGCCCUAGGUUACUGCCGCAUCUUUUGCGAAAAUGGGCUCAUAAUUUGGAUACUCAUAACACUACAACAUCCACUGGGGGUGAAGCACAAAAUUUUGGAAUUUGUGAUGAUCUGUCAACACAUGAAGAUGAGCACUUUAACUUCACUGUCGAGCCGAAUAAGGUUCCCCUGGAGGGUGCAGGUUAUUGUCGCUUUGAAUCUGAUCGAAAGUUGCCAGGGAAGGUGCUGUCCGGAUUUGCAAGCUUCGAGAAUCUGGGAGCAGUUGAAGUGGAUAGGUUUAGGGAUAAAUUCCUUAUUGGAAUGGAGAUUCCACCUGCCCAACAGCCAGGCUGGGUCAAGAUUUAUUUAAAGAAAGCUGAUGAUAAAGCGUUGGGCGAAACAUAUAUUAAAUAUUAUGAUAAAGAACUCGAGGCUAUCGAGGUGGUGGUUCAAAGCCCUAGGUUACUGCCGCAUCUUUUGCGAAAAUGGGCUCAUAAUUUGGAUACUCAUAACACUACAACAUCCACUGGGGGUGAAGCACAAAAUUUUGGAAUUUGUGGUUGUAAACAGCCAGUUCAGAUGCUAUGCGUCUUAGUUUACGCUGCAGCAGAAAUUGGUGGCCACGUAUUCAUUGAAAUGAUCUUCAACUCUUCCGCCGGAAGAGUAGUUUAUGACCUUUACAAAGACAGGUCAGCUCUUCCUGAAGCUAUUGCCAGAGACUGUGGGCAUGAGAAGAGAGCAAUUUACAUUGAGGAGAUAACUAAAAGAUUUUCUUUAGAGAGUGACGCCCCAAACUACCAACAGACAAUCGACUGGUCUGAGCUUGUGAGAGCUGCGGAGGAAGCGCAAAAGCAGCCCGGUCUCAGCAGUGAACAAAAGAGCAAUCAUCUUGAAAGUAAUGUUGUAAAGGACACUGGUUAUUUGGGAGACAUUGACACCUCGUCUAACGAAUCUUGCGAGAGCGUAAGCUCCGAGUCUGAAGAUAACAUUCCUCUGGCGACUUCUAAAGAAGUGGAUUACCUUGCAGAUGAGCUCAGCGAAAAUGCAUUGGUAGAUGAGGAUCAGGAAUGUGGAAUCAAGAAGGCUGCUGCGAGCCAAAGUUUGACGUCUUUUAGUGAAAUUGGACAUUUUAACCGACAGCGAGUAAACUGUAGAGUGUCCAACAAAGUUGUGUUAGCGACCUUACGAGGAAGGCAACUCUCAAUUUUUCAAGAUAGCUUCCUUCUUGAAGCCCACGGCUUGAAACACCUGAAAGGUCUUAAUAAAUGUGAUACUUCCUUUUUCUUUGGCUCAGAAGCGGAAGGUAUCCAAUCUCAUCUAAUCACGGAGUAUGAAAGGUGGUUUUUCCUGUUUAAUUGCAUAAAAGACAACAGUUUACACAAUCAGACGUUUGCGGUAGAAUAUGGACAAUUUCUACAACAAACUAAACAGGAAACCCAAGCAGUUAUGAUGGGAGCUUCCUCUGGCUGCGUUGAAGACAUUCCUUGCCUACAAUCAACAAGGGAACUCUUAACAACGUCUGAUAAUCCGGAGUUAGCUGUUCAGUGGAAUACGACUCAAGGGUCAACAAAACAUUCUACUUCCAAUGUAUGGGUGUUGACUUGUUUGUACCGUCCAGCGAGGAAUAUUCUGUUUGUAUAUGUUGCAGAUAACAGUGAUGUUUUCCCUCACAAAGCGUAUUUCGAUGAUGAUGGAUACGAAUUGUCAACCCAGCGCUGGCAGUGGCAGCGAUACAGCGGCAGUUUAUUUAAUAUCCAGAGUAGGCUACAAGAAUUGCGGAAACUAUCAGAGCAAAUGAGACCAGAAUUCGGCCCGACCCCUCUUCCUACGUGCAGUGCAAAGCAGAUUUUGCCUCAAGUGCAAGGCAAGCACGUGUUACGUCAGCCUGAAUGUUGUCCUACUUGGUUGUAUACCAUGGUGCGUCAAUGCUUGGUCUAUGCUCCAGAAGAAAGACAACCUUUAAUCGCCAUAUUUGAUGCCAUCUCGUCGAGGUUAGUCAUCAUAAAUGACCUUAGGCAUCGCACUUUUGAAAUCAAACAAAAUAUUAAUAUUAAUGAAAGG